AUGAAGUUCCCGCAGGACGGCUCCUUCCGUCAAUUCGAUCGACCUCGCAGUCAGCUUCUGAGCAAAGUGCUUCAGAGGAUGUCGCUGACCUUGCAGAAGGGACCGAAGACGAAGGCGAAGAAGUCCCAGGGCCGAAAAGCGUCGGCGCUUCCGGAGGAACUCCCCGAGGCGCGCUUGGCGGACGCGCGCGGGGAAGCCAUCCCAAUGGACUUGACCUUGGCAGAGGCUACGCGGAGAUCUCCGGCUUUGUUGGAGAUCUGUGGACUGCUGUACCGGGUUCGUUUGAACCGGCCCCGGGUGCAAGAGGUCACCUGCCGGGGCACGCCUUACGUGGGCCUCCGACUCGUGCCGACCUGCGACGACGCGAACGUGCGCUGGGAGUGGCACUGUGGGCAGCGGGUGGAGACCACGCGGAGCUUUACGCCCACGGAGGCAGACAUAGGGAAGCCCUUGAAGGUGAUCGCGCGACCCUUGUUGGCGGAGGAUGCGAGGACGAGCCAGCUGCUUGGAUUGGACGAAGAAGAGGCCGCCGCCUCCUGGGACUUUCCCGAGCCAGUGGCGCGCCCGCUGCCUCGUGCGCUGAAACGCCCAGAGGAGAUGGCGCGCCAGAGGAGCAGCUGGCAAAGCAGCCAGGACGGCCAGGCUUGCUUUAGAGUGCUGACGUACAAUAUGCUCGCAGACGCUUACAGGCGGCAUUGGGACCAGCUCUUCCCCUAUUGCAAGCCCGAGACGCUGAGACCCGAGCGGAGGCUGCAGCUUUGCCAGCAAGAAGUCCAAAGCUUCGAUGCCGACAUCGCUGCCUUGCAAGAGGUGGAUGCUGCGUGGUUCAAGGAGUAUUGGAAGCCACAAUUCGAGAUGGACGGCUACCGCUGCGUCUUCACAAAGAAGGCCUCUGAUUCGGUGGAAGGCUGCCUUCUGCUGGUCAAAGAUGAGGCCUUCGAAGUUCUGGAGCUCGAGGAGCUGCCGCUCUGCGAACGGCCCAGGAGUGGGGUCAUUCAGGUGGACGGAUCCGAGGCGGUUUCGCUGCCCUCCGCAGACUCCGCCGUGGGGGCGCUCAUGGGGCGUCUGCCGGACUUAGAGGACAUCUUCCCGCGGCUGGGCACGGUGGCGCAGCUCGCGCUUCUGAGGAGCCGCAAGGAUACCAGCCGCCUGAUCCUUGUCUGCAACACCCACCUCUACUUUGCUGGCUUUGCAAGGCACAUCAGGGUGCUGCAAGUGGCGCUCAUCCUGGAAGAGGCUGAGCUCAUUUCCAAGACCGUGGAGGAGAAGUUGGGCCGGCGCCCGGCCUUGCUCUUCUUGGGAGAUCUCAACUCGGAGCCCGGCACCGCGGCGGUCACUCUCCUACAAGAAGGACGCGUCUCCGCUGCCCAUCCUGACUGGGCCCGGUGCGCUACCUUUCGUUGGGGCCAUGGAUCCUCGCGCAGGGCUGCCCGAGAGAUGCUGGAGGCGAUGCGCUCGCCCAGGAGGGAAGAGGCCUAUGCAGCGCUGGCGGAGAAGGACGGUUUCGAGACCCUCCGGUCCUGCAUGGAGCGACUCCAGCGGAUCCGUUCCUGCUUGGUGACCUUGGGUAUCCAUGUCGAGGGCGAGGAGGAUGAUGAGGAGGAUGAGCCGCCAGGUCAAGCUGAUCAGGCACUCCCGCUCGAUGCUUCGCCGUGGGACGCGCUUGCGGGACUGCUGGCAUCCAAGCAGACCUUCAAGACUUCUACGGCGGUGGCUUGCGCGCAGCUGGCGCUCGACACCGGGCUCAAGCUGGAGCCAGUCCUAGAACUCUGCGAAGAUGAUUUGGCAGCCGCCAAAGCCGCGACGCAGGACUUGGCCCAGGUCGUGAAGCAGAAGACCGAAAUCGCAGUGGAGCAGCAGAGGGCAGUGGCCAAGAAGCUGGAGGAGGAGUCUGAGGAGGGUCCAGCACUGGCAGGCUUGGGCCUGCAGCUGGAGUCCCCGUUCCCGCCUCUCACCUCGGCGUUGAAUGCGGAGUUCACCAACUUCGUUGGCGGCUACGAGGCGUGCCUGGAUUGGAUACUUUAUGACGAGCAGACCUUCGAGAAGGCGAUUAAGAGCCGCGGCGGCGGAAACCGCUUUGCCAUCCACAAGCUUUCCAAGCGACUCUUGGCAGUGGACGUUCCAGAUCCGGUGCGGCGCGCGGUGAACUUGGAAGGCCAGACCGCAGCCACUCGCUUCGAGGCGGCGGGGUAUUCGCUGGGGGUUCUUUGGCAGGUCCUAGGCGUGGGCAAGAACGGCGCCCUCCUCCUGGCAGACCUGGCAUGCGGUUGGCGGCGAAGCGGAUGCGAAUUCCUCCGCAAGGCGUGCACCCUGGAGAAGUCUGGGCGCACACAUCAGGUUGCAAACGCGACGCCGGCCCUGCGGGGCUUCAGCGGCAUGUUUGCUAGCGUGUUGGCCGAUGACCUGAAGAUCUCAAAGACGUUCGAAGGUGCCUUCGCGCCUUCGAUCGAAGAAGCGGCGAAGCGAUUCGUCGGUACGCUUUUCACUUGGACGCCGCCAGAGACGAAGGCCGAGCAGCAAGCUGCAACUGAUCCGCACUUCGGCUUGGUCAUGGGCUUGGCCGUGCCCGACGCAGACGAAGAGGACGAUGCCUUGGAUGCAGAGACCUUUGCAGAUGAUGUUGCCCAGCUCUCGCACACCAUUGAGGACUUGUCGCGGAGUUUGCGAUUGGAGCAUCUCCAGAAGAAUCGGGAUGCCAAGAUCGCGGCCAAAGCGGAGGCGGCGCGUCGCGAAAAGGAGGCAGAGCUUCGGCGAGCGAGGAGAAAGGAGCAGAUGGCCAGAGAUCCCAAGCGCAAGGUGGCGCUGCGCCUGGAGCAAGGUCGUCACGCGCUGAGUAAGGCAACAACACCUGUCUCUGGAGCUCAGGAAGUGCCGCUGGUGCCCUUCCACUCCGAUGGUUGCGGCGUCUCCAACAAGGCCCCAGUUCCCAUCGUGGACGUCCUGAAAAUUCAGCCGGGCCGCCCAGCGAAGCUGCGAGGGCCUGGGCCAUCAUCAGAGCGCCCGGACCUGAGAAGUGAAGAGCUGCGAGCCGUGCUUUCUGCGACGAAAACCGUCGGAAGCGGCUGGGUGAAGUAUAGCGCGUCCACGUGCCAGGAGCUGGCGCUGGCGACUGCUGAGGAGCCGACGGUGCCGCUGGCAUCGGAGCUGGCGGUGAUUCUCGGCCAGCUGGGGCUGAAAGAAAUGGCCCAGAUCAAGGAUGCAGUGCGAAGGGCUCAGGAGUUUGCUGAGCAGGCAGAUGACGGAGUACGCUUAGACCUCUGGCGGGAGGCCGACGUGAUCUUGGUGGGCCCUUCCCGCACGGGGAAAACCACCUUGGCCAAGUACCUAGCCAAGCUGGGGCUGCGGGCGGCCAACUACCCCCUGGUGCCAGGGGAAGGUAUCCCCCCGGAGCUGGCGGAGAUCGGCCACUCCAAGGUGGCGCUGCUGACCACCGAGGCCAAAGCGCUCCAAAGCAUCAGACAAGGGAGGAUGACGAAGCGGCUGGGGGUGGCAGCCUCGAACUACGCCGCGCUAGGCCAAAUUCGAGAAGAAUUGAACUGGGUGAAGUGCUUCUACAUGCAGAAGUUCCCAAACUUUCCGGUGGUGAACACGGCCAAGUGCAGCAUCGCGAAGGCAGCCGCGAUUGUCCUCUCACACUUGCAGCUCGUGCAGCUGGAUGAAGAAACGACUGUACGGCUCGUCGACUCCGUGUCCAUAUUGGUUCAAGGAUCAGCUUGA